GUUGUUGUUACCACAACUAUGGCACGUACCAAGCAAACGGCUCGCAAGUCCACUGGUGGCAAGGCGCCCCGCAAGCAGCUUGCUACAAAGGCAGCUCGCAAGUCUGCUCCAGCCACUGGAGGUGUCAAGAAACCCCACCGUUACAGGCCUGGAACCGUUGCUCUCCGUGAGAUCCGCCGUUAUCAGAAGAGCACUGAGCUGCUUAUCAGGAAACUGCCUUUCCAGCGCCUGGUGCGUGAAAUUGCUCAGGAUUUCAAGACUGACCUCCGCUUCCAGUCCUCUGCUGUCAUGGCUCUCCAGGAAGCUUCCGAGGCUUACCUCGUGGGUCUGUUUGAGGAUACCAACCUGUGCGCCAUCCAUGCCAAGCGCGUGACUAUCAUGCCAAAGGACAUCCAACUGGCUCGUCGCAUCCGUGGCGAGCGUGCCGUUACCACAACUAUGGCACGUACCAAGCAAACGGCUCGCAAGUCCACUGGUGGCAAGGCGCCCCGCAAGCAGCUUGCUACAAAGGCAGCUCGCAAGUCUGCUCCAGCCACUGGAGGUGUCAAGAAACCCCACCGUUACAGGCCUGGAACCGUUGCUCUCCGUGAGAUCCGCCGUUAUCAGAAGAGCACUGAGCUGCUUAUCAGGAAACUGCCUUUCCAGCGCCUGGUGCGUGAAAUUGCUCAGGAUUUCAAGACUGACCUCCGCUUCCAGUCCUCUGCUGUCAUGGCUCUCCAGGAAGCUUCCGAGGCUUACCUCGUGGGUCUGUUUGAGGAUACCAACCUGUGCGCCAUCCAUGCCAAGCGCGUGACUAUCAUGCCAAAGGACAUCCAACUGGCUCGUCGCAUCCGUGGCGAGCGUGCCUAAGAAGUCAUCCACGAAUGAUCUUCAUAACAGCAAUAUCUAGGCCCUUUUUAGGGCCAAA